CCAUCUGCGGCGUGUCCGCUCCUGGCCCUUCCUCCGAGCUGCCGUGUGACCCGCCUCGGCUCCGCCCGCGGGCUGGCCGCUCCUGCUCCCCGGCGGCCCUAGCCGUGGCCGUCCCUCCCCGUGCUGCCCAGCUGGCGCGCGGUGCGGGCGCCCGCCGUGCCCCCCCGGCCGGGAGGCUAGCCAGAAAGCUCGCUGGAGCUUGGCGGCCAGGGUAGGGCGCGGCCCGAAGAAGCCUACUCCGUGUUGGCUCAGGCGCCUGAGCCCCGACCGGGCACCCCCUCCCCAUCUGCCCAAAGGAGGCAGGACGGGCAGGGUGCCUUCAGGGUGUUGGAAGAUAUGUGUAAGAGAGAGCAGGCAGCCCGCCUGAAGAAACUGCAGGAGCAAGACAAACAACAAAAAGUGGAAUUUCGUAAAAGGAUGGAGAAGGAGGUGUCUGAUUUCAUCCAGGACAGUGGACAGAUCAAGAAAAAGUUUCAGCCAAUGAACAAGAUAGAGAGGAGCAUACUACAUGACGUGGUAGAGGUAGCUGGCCUCACGUCCUUCUCCUUCGGAGAAGAUGACGACAGUCGCUAUGUCAUGAUCUUCAAGAAGGAGUUUGCACCCUCAGAUGAAGAGCUAGACUCCUACCGUCAUGGAGAGGAGUGGGACCCCCAGAAGGCUGAGGAAAAGCGGAAGCUCAAGGAGCUGGCUCAGAAACAGGAGGAGGAGGCAGCCCAGCAGGGGCCCGUGGUGGUGAGCCCAGCCAGCGACUACAAGGACAAGUAUAGCCACCUUAUUGGCAAAGGAGCAGCCAAAGAUGCGGCCCACAUGCUGCAAGCCAACAAGACCUAUGGCUGUGUGCCUGUGGCCAACAAGCGGGACACGCGAUCCAUAGAAGAGGCCAUGAAUGAGAUCCGAGCCAAGAAACGCCUGCGGCAGAGUGGGGAAGAGCUGCCAACUACCUCCUAGGCAUCCCGCCCAGCUCACUUUGACCCGGGGCAGGGAGGGACAAGGCUGCUGCUAUCAGGACCCAUCCUGGAGCCCCACUUCUAAACCAUGAGGUCCUGCCAGCCGCCACUCAGGCUGGAGGAGCAGGUGUUUUCACUGCUGAAACUUGGAUGUGUGUUUGGUGAGUGGGUGCCUGUGUGUGUGUGUGUGUGUGUGUGUGUGUGUGUGUGAUGUGUGUUGUGUGUGCAGAUGUGUGGGUAUUUAAUCUGUAUUACUCUGUUAUCCUUGGAACUUUCUUCCCCAUGGGGCUGGGGUUGCUUUACAUUGAAUAAACACUGUUUGACCCAA